UUAGCUUUCUGCAUUAAUGUCUAUACAUUCCAACUAUUUAAUAAAAACUCAUGCUAAAUUGUAUAGCUUUACUUAAACUGACAACAACUAAUAAAACUUCCUUAUAAAAUUAUACUUCUUUUUACAGGCUGAACCAGAAUACGACAAAGAACAACUCAGAAUCAUGCGUAAUGCCUUCAAAGCCUUCGAUCCUGAUGAUAAGGGUGUCAUUGAACAUGCCGAUGUUAUACAGAUUUUAGAAAUUCUUGGUCAAAAACUCGAUGACAAAGCCGUUAAGGCAUUAAUUAAAGAAGUCGAUAAGGGCAAUUCGGGUAAAUUGGACUUUAAACAAUUCUGUAAAUUAGCUUCACGUUUCGUCGAGGUUGAUGAGGAUGGUCCAGUUUUGAUGGGUGAACUAAAGGAAGCCUUCCGUAUUUACGACAGAGAGGGUAAGGGCUAUAUUACAGUUGCCACCUUGCGUGGUAUUCUCAAAGAAUUAGAUGACAAACUAUCGGCCAAGGAAUUGGAUAUGAUUAUUGAGGAAAUUGAUGCUGAUGGGUCGGGUACCGUUGAUUUUGAUGAAUUUGUACAAGUUAUGAACGGUUAAGUUUUUGGAAUACGUUAAGGAAGGUCUACUGAAGCGGUCUUUUCAAAACCGAGAAGUUGUAUAUUUUUAUUUAUACACAUAUAUUUUUUUGAUUUUUAGUUUUGAUUUAAUUAUGUAUUGUUGUAUAUUAAACUAUAUACAAAUUUAAUAAAACAAAAUUGAAAUGAAAACUUAA